ACUUGGAUGGUAAUGUUGCUGAUAAUUCUUCACAACAUGUGUUAUUGGAACGUGUUGGAACAUUAUCUUUGCAACGAAAUGGGACAAUUUUUACUUUAAUGAUAAGUGUCAAAUACAAAUUUUUAAGAAAAAUGGAGUUAUCUCUUCCUCAAAAACGUUAUUAUCGACAAAGAGCUCACUCUAACCCUAUAGCAGAUCAUAGUUUUGAAUAUCCAUCAUGUCCAAGCGAUUUUGACUGGUCAACCUUGUACCCUGAAAUUAAAAAUUCAAAUCAAAUGAUAGAAUUCGCUGAUAUAGGAUGUGGUUAUGGUGGAUUUUUAGUUACACUAAGUGAAUUAUUUCCGGAUAAACUUGCUUUGGGAAUGGAAAUUCGUGUUAAAGUGUCAGAUUACGUUGUGGAUAGAAUAGAAGCGUUGCGGAAAUUACAUGCAGGAAAAUACAAUAAUAUAGCUUGUUUGCGAACAAAUGCUAUGAAAUAUCUACCAAACUUUUUUGAAAAAGCUCAAUUAUCUAAAAUAUUCUUUUUAUAUCCUGAUCCCCAUUUCAAAAAAGCCAAACAUAAAUGGAGAAUUAUAAAUCAAUCACUUUUAUCAGAAUAUGCUUACGUUUUAAGAAAAGGGGGGAUAAUAUAUACAAUUACGGAUGUUGAAGAUUUGAACCAAUGGAUUGUUAAACAUUUAGAGGAGCAUCCAUUAUACGAGAAAGUUGAAGAUGAAUAUUUGAAAAAUGAUCCAAUUAUAGAAAAGUUAUAUGAAAGUAGUGAGGAAGGUAUUAAAGUAACAAGAAACAAAGGAUCCAGAUUUUUAGCAAUUUAUAAAAGAAUAUAAUUUUUAAUAAUGUUUACCUUUUUUACUAUUGCUGUAUGCAUAUACAUAUGUAUAAUAAUAUUUACUUAUAUAAAUAUUUUUUAAUUUAUUUUUAUUCGAUAA